AGUGCAUGGAAUUCCUGAUAAUUAUGGAAUCUAGAAAACAAAGAAGAAGUUUAAGAGUCUGAAAGGAAAAGUAAACAACAUAUUGGUAAUGAAGUCAGUUUUUCAUAUAAACCAAACUAAAAGAAGAAACUAGACAUUUCUUCGGAAAAACUCGCACAGGUACUGGAAACUUCCCUCCAAUACACGCACGGAAAUUUGAUAUCAAGAGACACAAAAGCCCUUUCGAUUUAGAUGCCAUUUAGAAAGAAAUUUAAGCACUGGCCGCAAAAUUCAAGCAAAAAAUACCUAUCGCCGGAGUUUAUAUAUCGGCCGAAAAUACAACUUUGUCUCGGGAUAGUUUAUCACUUCCGGUUUGUCACAGCUGAUCCCACCUCCGUUACCUGCUGGCGAAUCUGGCAAGGAUCUUCCGGGGAUAUCGAUUGUUAUUUUCCAUAUACCAUUUCCCUUUUCUUUUUUAGUACUUCAAAUGCGUGCUCAUACUCAUAUGAUUUCUGUUUUGCUUAAAUUAGCACAUGUUAUGACAUAAGAUGGCUUGAUUGUCGUCUGCGUUGAAGGAUAAAUAUGUCUCAUAAAAACGAACGGGUAACUCUUAUCUUCAUGGCGGCCCGAAGAAACAAGCGACCGGCUUUUGGUUACCUGGAGUGUGCUGACGUGUCUUGAGAGGACAGCCAAAAAUUCUCAAGAUCGUUUUCAUCCAUUCGCAAAGCUCUGCCGUCGGAAAACGAGCCCGGACUUCGGUAAUUACGAGUGUGAAAGGAAGCCUCAUCCUGUGGCAGCGGGAGAAGAUGCUCUGGUCGUGAUGGGCGCUGUAAAAGAGAAAGCUUGACAGGCGUGCCGAGUGUAUCCUGCAGAUUCCCUCGAACUCGCCAUGGACCAAUCAGAUCUGCGCUUGGUGCGAUCGGCGUUUUCAUUGGCCGCUCAUUAGGAAAACAUUCGCGGACCGCAGGUGCCCAAGAGAUAUCGUAAUGCUUUAAGUUUAGAGAAAACUGUGACGGACUGGAACAAGGAAGUGCCUUUUAAAGGACAGCAAACACCAUUUAAACGAGCAUCAAGAAAGAAGAUCGAACCCGAUUUUGGCGAAGUGGCGCCGUGACGUAAAUACCUGGUAGUCCUUGAAGUGAGCAACGGGACCGCAAGCCAAUGCUGAGCGUGACGUGACCCGAGCUCGUUCUGCCUGAACAGCCUUCAGACAUGUGCUAGAUCGUGAGCGAGACACGAAACAGAAGGGGAGAAAUAGAGACGUGCGUGUGUGUUGCUUUCAGCCAUCAUUUCGGAGACUCUUCGGGUGCUGAAACCGUUACCCUCGUGUGCAGGAAAAUAACCAAGUUUACCCUUCCUGAAAUAACAUUUUCUAAUCAUAGCUCGCCACUCUUUCACGCGGCAUUUACCUCCUUUGUCCUUGGUUGACCUCGAAACAUCAGUAGAAAGUUUUCUUAACCCAGUUCUCACGAUUCGAUUCCAAAACCAUUAAUCUACAAGAUCAAGAACACAGCCCUCAAAAGAGCACGGAAACAUAUUGACAAAAGUUCUGAACCAUAACCAACGAACUAUCUCCUCGUUUGUUUAAUAACCAAGGCAGAAAACAAGCUCUCUAAAGCACAAGAAGCCCUCUGAGACACCCGGUUUGACUGCCCUUUCUCAACUCUCCGGCCGCAGUGCUUGGCCAUGUGCGUUGCUUGAAAGCUCUCUCUCGAAGAUGCUCAUUUUGACGAGGAUGCUGCGCAGGUUACUUUUUGGUUCCCUUCCACCGAGGACUCGCCAGACCGUGAGGACGGCCGUGAUCGCCCUCGUGUCCGCCCUCGCCUUGGUGGCUAUCUUCCAUUUAGCCAAACUUGCUGAACACCCUGUGGCUCAGAAGGAAUCAACUGCCGCGUUGGAUGUAGGCAUAGCUGAGUCACAAAUAGAGGUCGAGAAAGUAUAUAAGUCCAGAGCAGGGAAGGCAGUUAUAAAGCAAGGUGCUGGCGGGGAUGAGGGCGAGAGCGAUGGCGUGGAGCGGCCCGCCGGCCCCGUGGCCCACAUGAACCUGGCCCACAGUCCGGUGCAGGACAUGCUGGCCCGGGCUCGCAACCGGGCCGGUGGCGCCAAGCACCCACUGCUGGGCAUCCCGAUGUCGCCCGAGAUCGAAGAAUGGGAGAUCAAGCGCCUGAACCGCCUGGACAGGUCGCGCGCGCGCCCCGCCAACGCUACGGAGAUCAAGCGGACGCUGAGCCUCGUGCAGACGCGCGUCGACACCGACCGCAAGGCGCUGGUGAGCAAGGACCUCCGGAUGUGGGCCCCCGGCGAGGCGCCCCUGAGGAUCCUGCUGGUGACGACGUGGCGAUCCGGCUCCACCUUCCUGGGCCAGGUGCUGGCUCACCACCCCGCCGUUUUCCAGCACUACGAGCCCCUCAGUCCGCAGGGCAUCAAGCAGGUCCGGUCGGGGCGCGACGCCAUCCAAGCCCAGCAGCUGCUGCACCGCCUGCUCGACUGCCGCUACGAGGGCAUGGACGAGUACCUGAACUACACGCGCGCGCACCCUGAGGACAUGCUGGGCCACAACAAGAUCGUGUGGGACUCCUGCCGCCACGGACCCAACACCAACGCCUGCUACAACGCUACUUUCCUGACGCAGGCGUGCCAGAUGUUCCCUAUCCAGUUGGUGAAGACCGUCCGCCUGCGGCUCAACCUCACGCAGCUCUUCCUGAACGACGAGAGGAUGAACCUGAAGGUGGUGUUCCUCGUCCGUGACCCUCGCGCGACCAUGAGCUCAAGGUACUCCUCGGUGUCCUGGUGCUCGGAUAAGCCCGACUGCUCCUCUCCCGAGGUCCUGUGCUCAGACUUGGAGGGCGACCUCAAGGUGGCCACAGCACUGCGCCACCUUUAUCCCGACAGAUUCACGAUGCUCAAGUACGAGGACCUGGCGUCGGAUCCCCAGGAAGAAAUCCACAAGCUGAUGGACUUCAUGGGGCUGGAGUUCUCGUCCGAGAUCGCCCAGUACGUCAAGGAGACCACGGAGAAGGACGACAACUCCCCCUGGAGCACCAAGCGCAAGUCGUCGGACCGGAUCUCCCUGUGGAAGAAGCAGCUCCCCCUGCAGGAGAUCCACAACAUCCAGAACGCCUGCGAGUCGGUGAUCAAGACCCUCGGCUACGAGAUGGCCGGACAGUGAUUGGUGCGAGAGACGGACACAGAGACAGAGGUCGACACCUGCCAAAAAUGAAACUCGAACCAGUCACAGGGAAUCUCAGGAUGGAGAGGCGGCCGCCGGUACCUCGGAAGCACCUCCUGACGAAGCAUUGUUCAUCCUGGGCAAUCUCAGCCUUACUCAGGGCACCUUAACCGCAACUUGACUCGUCCACGCAUGAUGAGGCAAGCUGGAUGGUUUGCCAAGCGGACUGUCAUGUGUUAUACUAUGGGAAUGUAAUUUUGUUAAAGUGAAUAUUUGCUCUCUUUUACCCUCGAUACUACAGCUGUGAAAAAAAUGUCGAAAAUGUCAGUUUUCCACCUGAAAUGAAAAACCCUUUGAGCUUGUACAAACUUAUAUCCAGAUCUUGAUUGUUAUGCAGAAUAGGUAAAUGAACUGUACAUUUUCAUUUAUUUAGUAUGCAAAUCUCCUUUUCAAAAUGAUUCAUCGGAUUCAUUAGUGGAAGAAAAAAAAGGACAGAAGCAAAAUGCGAUAUUUUUUACCUAAGCUUAAAAUUGUUAAAAAAAUAAAGAAAAAUAUUGAGUGAUGUUCCAGUAUCUUAUUUAGAUAUACAAACAAACAUACAAAACUACACACAUAUAUACAUAUAUAUGUGUGUGUGUGU